CAGAAGGGUCUUGGACGUGUCUGAGUAGUACGGCAGUAAAGUCCCCGUUCGUUGGAGGUACCCCAAACCACAAAUCAAAUGUCUUCAAUCAUAUUGACUGUACGUAAGAGUCUCUCAGGACACGUGACCGCGAGAGUCCUCGAAGAGGUGUUGUUGCAGUAUGGCAGAGCAAGCGGUGACAGCGAACAGAGGCGAUACUGUGGUAUCCUGUGCAACUCAGAAAAAUACCGGAUUGCUCAGAGAAUGCUGUCAAUUGUUGGUGUAGACAGUCUUGUCAGCAGUUUGUGGGGCUAUGUCGACACUACAAUAAAGUGGUGCUGGAUCCCCAGCUGGCUGCCAUCAUGGUGUCCCACUUCUCAGAGCCACCUACAGACUGCAGAGGACAUGAUGCUGAGAUGUGUAGACAGUGCUUUUUUCAGACAGUACGUCCCCAUCUCUGGCGGCAACCUGCUGUGGACCCUGAUCUUUAGAAGUGACAGUGUCAAAGACAAAACCCCCAUGGUUCUGCUCCAUGGGUUUGGAGGUGGCGUGGGCCUCUGGGCUCAGAACCUGGAUGUUCUCUCUCAGCGUCGGCCCAUCUUCGCUCUGGACCUCCUGGGCUUUGGUCAGAGCAGCAGACCCCUCUUCUCUUCAGACCCCCAGGAGGCAGAGGAUCAGUUUGUGGAGUCUAUAGAGCAAUGGAGGGCUAAAUUGGGUCUGGAGUCCAUGAUACUGCUGGGACAUAACCUGGGAGGAUACCUGGCUGUGUCAUACUCGAUUAAAUACCCAGGCAGAGUAAAGCACAUAGUUUUGGUUGAGCCCUGGGGUUUUCCCGAGCGCCCGGACACAGUAGAGGCCGACCGUCCCAUCCCGGUUUGGAUCAAAGCCCUCGGGGCCAUAUUCAGUCCCUUCAACCCCCUGGCUGGCCUGCGACUGGUUGGACCACUGGGUCCCACUCUGGUCCAAACUCUGAGACCUGACUUCAAGAGGAAGUUCUCCUGCAUGUUCAGUGACAACACUGUGUCAGAGUACAUCUACCACCUUAAUGUUCAAACCCCCAGUGGGGAAACAGCUUUUAAGAAUAUGACCAUCCCCUACGGCUGGGCUAAAAGACCAAUGCUGCAGAGGAUGGACCAGCUGCAGCGUGAGAUCCCCAUCAACAUCAUCUAUGGCUCCCGCUCCAGCAUAGACAGCAAUUCAGGCAGCACCAUCAAAGAGAAGAGACCACACUCUAAUGUGGAGAUCAUAACGAUCCGUGGAGCCGGACACUACGUGUAUGCUGAUCAGCCAGAGGACUUCAACCACCGAGUUUUGCAAGUGUGUGAAAAAGUGGACUGAAGCUGAGGUGAGCUGGGGAACUCUGGAGAAAAAGAGGAGCAUUAGUAACGUGCAUUACAGCAGCUGGUGUAAAACCACAGGAUUCCAUUUUCUCAUGGCAGGAAUAAGGAGUGUUUGUACAUAAAAAAGUAUUCUAAAAGGAGCAGUGAUCUGAGUUUGACUCAUGUACUCAGGACACAUGUCAUAACAACUGACCAGGGAUUCAGUCACACUAUUAGAAACAUUGUGAAUACAGGCUUUGAGAUGAUAUAAUUGAUCAAGUCCCCUAUUUGAUGCCAUUUAACAGCUUUUCCCACAAUGAUGAAAUGGGCCUUUUUGUUUUUUUUAAAAAUUACAUUCUGUAGCAUAAACACACACUCACACAUACACAUACACAGGUGGUGCUGCAGCUUGUUGGUUAAUUAGAUUCUAUAUCAGUUGCACAGUAUUUUCUCAGAAUUGCCUCUUCCAAAGGCAGAGGAAAAAUGAAGAAAGGAGGCAUUUUGAAACCUUGAUCUUCUCGGGGUCUUAUCCCAACAUGGAAUCAGAAUCAGGAUGUUAAUCAGAAAAACUUUAUUGCUCCUUGAAGGGAAAUUGCUUCAUUACAGUUGCUCAACACACGGUUAGGGAAGAGGAAUUAAUAAGUACAAAAGUUAAAAAGUACUGUGAAUAGUAGUAAAUACUACACAGUGAGUGAAUAGAAAAACGUACAAAUGCAAAUGUACAAAACGUUGAUGCGCGAGGUAGAAUCUCCAGGCCUUUUUAACAUUAGCAUACAACAGGUGCAGGGUCCUUUCUCCUCCGGUUGUGCAGUCCACAACUGAAUUAAGGUGAGAAGAGUCUCGUCCCGCUGAAGUCCCCGGAGAUCAUAUAGAAAGCACUGCGGUGCAGAGUAUGGCGGUAACAGAGUGGAUGACGUCACACAUGGUUCCUGGGUUAGUGGAAGGGAGGGGUGUAUACAACAACCAAGAUGGUGUGUGAGAACUCCUUGGGAAUGUAGUAUGGAUGUAGCCCCGAGGCUAACAGUUCAAUGUCUGGGCUGGAGAAACAUUCCACCCUGUCCAACCGGACCGCCUGAAAGCCAUUGAUGGUAGAGAUGAGAUCCGGAGUAUCUUCCUGUAGCCAUGUGUCUGUGAAACAUGUAACGCUACACUCACGGAAGUCCUGCAAAUCCUCACUAGGGCCUCUAGCUCGGCCAUCUUGUCCAGCGAUCUCAUGUUGAUGAUAGAAGGGAGAUGAACUCCAUCUGUCUCUGUUGUCUGGACCCAGCUCUCUUCUCUCAUCCCUUCGUUCAGCACUGUCAGUUGAUCCCUGGUGUAAAGGAUGCGGCCGUGGAUUUGCUGCACAAUGGUAGCAUUUCUGAAUGAUAGCAUUCAAAAAGGUAGCUGAAUAAAAGAAGCAAUGCCAUGGUGAAAAAAACAGGCCAGAACUCUCUCUACAUGUUUAGAGAGGGCACAGCUUAAAUAAGGUUGUGUUCAAAAUUUAAACAAGUAUGACAGAAGAAUAAAGAUAAAAAAUUUGAAAAAUAAGAAACGAGCAGGAGCAACUGCAACAGGUUGCGUGCACAUGGGUGCAUUCACACACGCACAAAAAAAUAAAAAAUAAAAAAAUCUAAAAAAGUUUAUUGUUUAAUAAUGUGAAGAUCUUUCAGAGGUAAACACAUAUUGAUAUUGUUUGUAUAUAUUUGAUAAAUAUAAAUUAACAUUUUAUGAGUUUAAUUUUAUGAUAUUGUAUACAAUAAUAAAUAUAAUAUAAUUACUUCACCCUAAAUUUUAUCAGACUGAAACUGAAUCAAAGUCACUGCAUUCAAAAAGUUCAGGUAAAGUCUCUUGUUAGUUGUCUCCUGUGCAGUGCUUAACCUGUGGUCUGUGGUUUUUCUAUAUGAUUCUGAUACAGACAGGGACUAUACUCUUCAGUACAUAGUACGUCAGCAUCAGCACCAGGAAGUAAUGGUCUGUUCUGUAGCGUCUGUCCUCUGUGAUUGUUUUUGGCUUUGCUUUCUAACUCAAAUGUUUAUUUCAUCUGCAUGAAUUUUGAAGGUUUGUGAAUAAACCCAGAUUAGCUCUAGUCUAGGGCAGAAACAGUAAAUUGAAAUCUACCAGACGUAGGGCUUAUGUUUUCCUGUGGCUUGCAUAGAGUAUACAGUAAGCAUGUGUAACAGUGUGUCACCAUAGAGGUGCCGUAGAAUUUCUGCUGCACAGCAGUGAUCCAUAGUGUAUUAAUGUAACAGUGGCCGCAUGAUGAUGUGAUUCGUGGUAUUUGCCUUUGUUUAUUUAUGGAAUGAUUUUUGCUUUUUUUCUGAACCCUCAAUUGUACACUUUCUUAGAUAAAGAUUAAGCCUAAACUUAAUCAUUCAAAAGCAGAUAAUGUGUCUACAUAGCAGCAUUAAUAUAUGAGCUAAUUUGUCACAGGGAAAUAAGACUUUGUAUUUUUACUUAGUUUCUUGAGCCAGUAUUUUAUCAGUGAUUGUAUUACACAAAUUAUUUUGCUCACAAAAAUGUUCCCUCUUGUGAUUGCACUUAAAAUAGGUAGAAAUAGGAGAGCUAACACAAAUAAAA